CAUCGAGCAUCAAGUGAGAGCAAUCGCAUCCAUUUUGUUUUUAAUAGUUACUCUGACGAUUAGUGACGUGAAGCUGAAACGGAGCUACAGAUGAUUCCAAAGCUUGGACCAACACUGUCCACGCCCACCUUGAACGUUGUGUGAUUUGCUACACUCUGGUGCUGCCAAUUCCAUCCAACCCAUCACACAAAUUCCUUCGUUUCUGGAAGCCUGGAUAGUGGCCGCCUCCUUAAUUCCGCACAUCUUUUGUAGCUCAUCGCUACUUGGCACUUUUGAACCGAGCUGCGACCGGUUCAAACCUCCCGAAGCAUAAUAACACCCCCUGGCGGCCGUGAUUGCACCACAAACCCCAUAACAUGUCUUCUCCUUCAUCAAUAGGUUCGCGCACCACGAAGCGCAAGCGGGCGGCGACCUUGACCAAAGGUACCGACCAGCAGACCUCGACACCUGCAGAUCUGCUGCAGCCUUCAUCGCGCGACGCGUCUGGCGAGGACGCAGAGGAUCAUGAGCUGCAAGCCGUGACGGAUGCGAAGCACCACCGUAAGACCUCUGGUGGAGAAGCAGCGCCUUCGGCGACGAAUCCGCCCUCGAAACGCGCGCGCAAGAGCUCUGUCUCCGCUGGGGCACCUCCUGCUGCCGCGUCGACGACUUCUGCCAGCAAAGAUGACCAGGAUCCUGGCGAACCGUCCGACACCACGACCGGAAGCGUAGAGGUGACGACGCAGACUCGACGAAGAGGUGCGCGCUCCGCGUCCAAGACCGAAGCCCAUGAAGCCAAAAAGGAACAAGCACGAAAGGCAAUGCCGCCGCCUCAAAAGGCUGGACUUGCUGAACCUGCGGGCUACCACACGAACCCUCCGCCCACGGGACGGGCAGUGAGAGUCUACGCAGAUGGAGUAUUUGACCUGUUCCACCUGGGCCAUAUGCGCCAACUCGAACAAGCCAAGCAUGCUUUCCCCGACACAUACCUUAUCGUUGGCGUCACGGGCGACAAGGAAACGCACAAGCGGAAGGGUUUGACGGUUCUGAGCGGAGCUGAGCGUGCAGAGACUGUCCGACACUGCAAAUGGGUCGAUGAGGUCAUUGAAGAUUGUCCCUGGAUUGUGACUCCAGAGUUUCUUGAGGAACACAAGAUUGACUACGUUGCGCACGACGACAUUCCGUAUGGUGCAGACGAAGGAGACGACAUCUACCGCCCGAUUAAAGAGCAGGGUAAAUUCCUCGUCACGCAGCGAACAGAGGGUGUCAGCACCACCGGUAUCAUCACAAAAAUUGUCCGCGACUACGAAAAGUACAUUUCACGCCAAUUCAAGCGCGGUGCCUCCCGUCAAGAACUCAACGUGUCAUGGCUCAAGAAGAACGAGCUUGAACUCAAGCGCCAUGUCGCCGAGCUGCGCGACAGUAUCCGCAGCAACUGGUCCACAACUGGCCAAGAAUUAGGCAAAGAGUUUCGCCAGUUCUGGCAAGCAGCCAGCAACAGCAGUCGGCCCAACAGCCCGUCCGCCCGAGGCCGGCAAAGUAGCAUCUCGAGUCGACGAGAGUCCGCAGCGGAAGGCGGAGAUUACGGAUCGCGCAGCGGCGCCGCCUCGCCCACCGCUCAGCUCCUGUCGCAUUUACCUCAACUUGAUACCCGUCGCGCCGAGAGCCCCAGCGCCCCAGGCACCCCCGGAGCGGACUUUGCUACAGGAUACAGUCUGGGAUUAAUCGGCGGUGUCCGAUCGUGGAUGACCCGCACUCGCACCGGCGGCGCUCGCGGUAACAACGACGACGACGCCUUGGCCCGCAACAACCACAAUAGCAACAACAGCAGCCAUCCCGCCAGCUCGUCUGACACUGACGAUGACGAUGCCCGGCUCCACCAUCAACAUCAUCAUCGCUAUGCCGGCGCGAGCAGUAGCGGCGGCGCGAGCAAGUCUCAUAGCCAGUCCCAAUCCGAGACACAGUCCCCUGCCGGAGACGUCGACAUGGCGACUGCAUGAUAUGCUGCGUCCUUGUUCCAGUCCUUCUUCUGUGCAAACGCAUCAGCAGGCGGGAGAGAAGGAGGUGGUGGUGUGGUUGGAAAGGGGGGAUGUUGUUAUUGUCAAGCAAUCGACACUGCCCAACGCAGUAUGCAGUAGAGGGACUUUCGCAAAAGGAGAGAUGUCGAAUAUAUGCAUUAUCCAGACACCCUUCUCCUUUUUCCAUUUCCCCUUUCCCCUUUCUCCUUUUCAUUAUCCCAUUAUUUCAUUAUUUCAUUUUUCCAUUUUUCUCUCUGUAAUAUAAUCUCACGCGGGUGCUAUUCAUGUCUCAAUAAAAUUUAUUUUCCAUCACACUCUGACUCCACUCUGACCCCGAAUCUAAAACCCAAUCUGCGCCUGAGUAUACUCUUUAUCCGGACG